AUGGAUCUCAAGGCCCUCCCUCGGCAUUAUCAGGAAAAUGUCAACAACACGAAAUGUACCUACCGACAGCUCGGGAAGUCUGGCCUGAAAGUCUCAGUUCCAAUUCUUGGUUGCAUGGGUAUUGGAGACCAAGAUUGGGUUUGGGACUGGGUCAUGGAAGAAGAAGAAUCGAUGCGCUUGCUGAAAGCCGCAUGGGAUCGCGGUAUCAACACUUGGGACACAGCCAACGUCUUUUCCAACGGAAAAAGCGAGACCAUCAUUGGCAAGGCCAUCAAGAAGCACCAGAUUCCGCGCCACAAAGUCGUCCUCAUCACCAAGGUGUUCUGUACUGUUGGCGAGCACGGCGAUAAUGCCAUGGCCUAUGCAGCACCACUCCGAGGUACUAAGGAAUAUGUCAACCAGUCCGGUCUUUCCCGCCAGUCCAUUAUGAACAACGUGCAGGCGAGUCUGGAUAGACUGCAGACAGAUUACAUCGACGUCUUGAUGAUCCAUAGGUCAGACGAUCGGGUGCCUUACGAGGAGACGAUGGAGGCGUUGCAUGACCUAGUCCGUGCCGGAAAGGUGCGCUAUCUUGGUGCGAGCUCCAUGUGGACCUACCAGUUUGUGCAGAUGCAACACUGCGCGGAGACACAUGGCUGGACCAAGUUUGUCUGUAUGCAGAAUCACUACAGCUUGAUCUACCGCGAGGAGGAGCGUGAAAUGAAUCGCUAUUGCCGUCAGACUGGGGUCGGGAUAACCCCUUGGGCGCCUUUGUGUCGCGGAUGGCUGGCACGUCGACUACAGGAUAGCCUCACGGGUAACACUCUACGAUCGCAGGAUGAGUGCGUCAAUGGCUCUAGGUAUAUUCCGGUCCGAGAGGCACCCGACCAGCAAAUUAUCCGCCGGGUUGAGGAGGUGGCUGAUUCCAAGGGAUGGUCGAUGGUCGAUGUCGCGCUGGCAUGGCUGAAUAAACGGGUCACUAGUCCUGUGGUAGGAAUGAGGACGGAGAUGAUGCUGGAUGAGGCCUGCGCUGUGCAGGGCAAGGAAUUGACGGCGGAGGAAGAGAAGUAUUUGGAAGAAUUGUAUGAGCCCCGUGCCAUUUCAGGACAUGCGUAG